UUCACAUGUGGUACUCUGUUAGCCCGCUCUAUUUUUUUCCAUUCUGUUUCUUGAGAAUCUCUUCCAAAACACUUUACUGACCCUUAUUUUAUUUAUUGCAAAAUUCCAUAUUUCUGUUUUAAUUUGUUUUCCUGCAGGCAGUAUCAUAAAAUCUUAAUCAAGUGAAAAUGGCCUUUAGCAAUCUGACAUCAAAGGCUGUACUACUGUACGAUGAAUGGAUGAAAGAUGCCGAUCCAAGACUGGAAGGCUGGCCUCUCAUGUCGUCACCUUUUCCAACAACCUUUAUCAUUGGAACCUACAUUUAUUUUGCCACUUCCUUGGGACCCAAACUCAUGGAAAAUAAAAAACCUUUUGAACUCAGGCAGAUAAUGGUAUUAUACAAUUUUAGUAUGGUAGCCCUCUCCUUAUAUAUGACUUAUGAAUUUCUUAUGUCUGGUUGGGCCACAGAAUACUCAUUCCGGUGUGAUAUCGUUGACUACUCAAGGUCACCUACAGCUCUAAGAAUGGUACGAGUUUGUUGGAUUUUCUACUUUUCCAAGUUCAUUGAAUUAUUAGACACUAUAUUUUUUGUGCUACGUAAGAAAAGCAACCAAAUUACAUUCCUGCAUGUCUUUCAUCAUUCCAUCGUGCCAUGGACCUGGUGGUUUGGAGUCAAAUUUGCUGCAGGUGGUUUAGGAACAUUUCAUGCUAUGCUGAACUCUAUUGUCCAUGUUGUCAUGUACACUUAUUACGGAAUCUGUUCUUUGGGACCAGCCUAUUAUAAAUAUUUGUGGUGGAAAAAAUACAUGACAGCUAUACAACUUGUCCAGUUUAUUAUAAUUACAGUCCAUAUAGAACAAAUCUACAUGAUGGAUGAUUGUCAAUACCAGUAUCCAGUCUUUAUGUUUAUUAUUUGGCUAUAUGGCUUUAUAUUUUUAGCCUUGUUUCUCCACUUCUGGUACAACGCUUACAUAAAAGGACAAAGGCUACCAAAGAUGGCAAAAAAUGGAACCAGCAAAGACGAUUGA